AUGGCAGAAGAUUUAACAACCCUCAAAGCCGCAUUACAAGCGGUCAGCAAAGCACCUCCUCAGUCGCUCAUGCUCUGCGCUCAGGACCUGUGUCAGGCCAAUCUUGCUAUUGCAGAAGCAUUUGUUUUCAUCAGGCAAAGCAGCAGCUACCACACCACCAGUGUCGAAGCCGAAGUCGAAGCUGAGCAUACCGUGGUCCCUGAGGAUACCGGCAUCUCAUACGUCCAGACGCGAGAUCGAGAGGCGAAAGUUAUCCAGGAGACACACGACAUGCUACAAAACCACAAGUCUUGGCGAGAAAGAUCAGAAAACGUAGCCAUGAAGCUUGCGCAGCACUGGGUUUAUGGAAAAUUGACGGGGUCUAGUUCCCGUGCCUUCAGUGAUGCAGAUGAACACAGGGUGUUGGUUGAUCUGCGUCAGGCUGUGCUAUCAAGCACUCCGGCCGUGUUUACAUUGCUCAGGGGAAUAAAGAGAAAAAGGUCUGCGAACGGUCUUUGA